AUGGUGCAGCAUCAUCGGCAGCGCUGCGGGGCUGCGUGGCAGGAAAUGACUGGCGGCGCAAGCAACCUAGAGCCUGACCCUUCCCAGCAAUAUUCCUUUGAGGAGAUGCUUCAGCAGGAGUUAGAUGAAGAACGUCAGGCCGAGGACGACGAGAGACAAGUCGUGGAGUCUGUCCCAGACGCACAGCUUCAGGUGGCCAUUCCCUCGGCGCUGACCCCCGAGGCGAUGGCAGCUGCCAAGAGAAGGCGCUUGCAGCCCGGAGCAUCGACCACAGCGGCAGCGUUCCAAAGUUUUUUCGAUUCGGCGACAUCUGCUUACCAGACUUCUCUUCGAAACUGGCCAGAGACGCAGGCCCCGUCCGGCAGCGGGAACAUCAAGCAGCAAACCCAGAGAAUUCUGCAGCUUGUGCGACAGGAGCGCCAGCACUGGUCUGAAGAAAUGAUUCGCAUGGCUGCGGCUGCAAUUACCGUGUAUCGGACGCGCUACACGGACAUUUUCGUUCAUGAUUUCGUUGGUCUGAUAUGGAUCAUCGAAGGUGAGCGGUUCCUGCGUGCUCACCGAGGGGUCUGCUAUCUGUAUCAUGAUUCGGGCGCCUUCGAAGCAUUCAACGGAGUCCCACCCGAGUCCACCUUUCACCGGCUGAAGAACUUUCUGUUGAAGCUCGAAGGAAUGUUUCGACUCAUGUCGGUGGACGUUCAGCGCUCGGACUCCGGCGUCCUACGAGAGAUGUCCAGAUUGCGGGCUGAGUACAACAGCGACGAAGAGUUCAUGAAUGUCUGCAAGGACGAGGCGAUCAUGACUCUGCCCGGCCGUCCCGGCUCUGCUCGCCGGCGCCAAGGCGGUGAGGCCGACGCAGCCGGCUGGCCCACGUGGACCGCGGACAUGCUUGGCAAGUUCAUCGGCCCGCUGCAAAAAGAUCUCCUGGAAGAGCGUCGACUUCUGCAAUUCCUUGCGCAAUGGUGCGACACUCCGCCCACUCGGACAGCCGGCUGCGCAUUUGAUGACGUCUCACUCCUGUACGACCUUUCUGCAGAUGAGCACGAAGAAGAGAGUGACCGCAAGCAGUCCGCCCUGAGUAGUCUCUUGCAGCAAGAAAGCGAGGAGAACAGCGCUUGUCCGAAGGACGCGCUGAGUCAGGCCAACAAGCUUGUCGUGGAGUACGCCUUGGGCUUUGGCCCGGGUAAGCCGGAGCCCGUGCGAAAGACCUCGUACACCACAGCCUGGUGGAAAAGAUGGGCGACCUCCAAAUUGGGCCUGGACAAAAAAAUCUGGCAAGAUCUUCUCGAGAAGGAAUGGUUGCUGCCCAUGGAGAAGAAGGCCAACCCAGACGUUUUCAUCCCUGUCAUUCCCUUAAAGAAGCAGCUGGCAGACAUUUUGGAUUACAAAUACAGCGAAGAGACCACGUUGCUGGAAGAGCACUUGAACGCCCGCGCACUGUGGGACGCGUUGGAGCUGCAUCCCAGUCGAGCUGCGAACGCCGAGCUUCUGCGCCACUUCUUCACCAAGGUACUGGGCAAGGUGCAAGGGAAGAGGGGUCGUAACUCUCUGACGCAAGACCAAUACAUUCUGUUCUGGAAAUCCCGGGCCGAGAAGCUGUCCAAGCACGAAGAGUGCGCUUCGAGUCUGCUCGAUUUCUUGCAGGGCCGCAUUUCAGAACGCACGGAAGCACAGGGCGUCGCUCCUGCGGCUUCAUCCGUCAGCCCCCUAAGGCGGCAGCGCGGAAAGAAAAGGAUAUUGCCAUCCGAGCCAUCGAGCCCAGUCCCUGCUGACGAAGGAUUGUCUGGUGGCCAUGGCUCCUCUGGCAAUCCCUUUCCUGAAAGUCAUCCUUCUGUCAGCAAGACUACAUCAUAUCACUACAAGCUCGACGGAGUUCGCUCUCGCCGAUAUGGAGAGUCCAGGUCUGUGCAACAUCUCGGCACCGCCUGGCAGGCAGCCGUGCUGGCGGACACCGUGGAUCUCGACAUCGAAAACUCCUGCUUCAGUCUCAUCCUGCAACUUUUGGACAAAUUGGAACCGCAGCACGACUCCUGGCCCGGAGUUCGUCAAACCCUGGACGCAUGCGCCAACCGUCGCGCAGAAGUGAUUCAGAGCAAGCUGCAGAAAGACAAGAGCACCGGCAAGUCUCUUCUUCAGAAAAUUUUCAACGGCGGUGCUCCGCCGGCGGAACUUGCCGAGAACGUCUUUGUCCAGGAUUUGCAGAGAGCCUCCCUUUUCUGUCGCUGGGCGGCUGCCACCGCUUUAAAGGACAUCAUGUGGGCGUCUGUAUUGAACUUCAAAGAACGCCCAGACCUCAGCAUUCUGACGUAUUUCUGGAACAUCGCUGAAGACGUCGUGUUGGACGCCUGGCUCGCUAAGGCGAGGACUUUGAAUUCCAAACACCUUUCACUUCACUUCGACGGCUUAAGAAUCGAUCGGAGCGUGGUGCUACCAGACCCUGAGACUUUCUGCAGAGACUGUGAGAUGUUGAUCUCGAAAGAGACUGACUUCAAGGUCCGCAUCCGGCCGAAGGAGCACGAGAACUUCAUGUCCAUGCUGCGCCGCGUCGAGAACAAAGAGGAGGUAGUGUUUCCCGAGGUGCUUGCGAAACCUGGGAACUGCAUUCUUGCAGCGCUGCAUCAUCUGGGUGAACCCGAGAAGGCCAUGCGUAUGGCUUCCACCCUUGAAGGCCCCGACCACACAUAUUUCCUUCGCAGACAGUGCCGCACCUACCAACAGGUUUCCGCACAUCUCGACCUGGACUUGUACGCACGGUUCCCGUCUCAGAGGUUAGCAAUCGGACAAAAAUUCUUCAUCCACUUGGCCACGGGCGGCAGGCCUCACUGCGUCGCGGGAGAACUUCUUUCAGCCGAAUCCGUCCGCAUCACAGAUGGCGCAGAGAGGUUUUCUAUGUCCAUGCAAGAUUUUAGCAGAAUGUGCUCAGAGGCCACGGAUCGAAAGUACAUCCUCUUCAUUUUCUUGGGCCACAAGCCGGAAUCCAGUCCUUUGGACGCGGACGAGGAUGAGUACACGCUUCUGCUGGAAACACAAGCCGGUGCGGCCGGUGGCGACUAUGAUGAAGUUCCCGACGCUUUCGUUCGGGACGUGGAGCUGCCCUUCUCUUCUUCAGACAAUCCCGAGCACGAAGACAAUCAGGAAGACGAGGGCAUUACCCAUGUCGCGGAUCGACUUCUGGAUGCUCUGGAAGAAGAAGUCAAUUCUUUCCUGAGCAAGGAUUCCAGUUCCAGAGCCUUGGUCAUCCAAAAGGCGGAGGUUUCUGCUUGUCCGUUCUGUCCUUCCCGCACGUGGGAGCGGAACAGACCUGGUCGAGUGGUAGCUCACAUCCAAAAGCACCACACCAGGUCAAAACAAUUUGUCGCCAGCGGCACAAAACAAUUGAAAGUGGUCAUCGCCCUCCACGACCAGGACCAGUGUGAGCGCCGGAAAGCAGGCAACUACCUUGCCCGCAGCGCAGCUCUACUCUCUGCUCAUCUGGAUGACUCCGUCUACGCGUUGCACGCUCGCCUGGUUUCCCACUUUCCGGGCGAGGUGAGCAGCCUGAUACCGCGUCAUGCAAAUCACUGGUGGCCCAUGCUCGAGGACGUUUUUCAGAGUCCUCGGAUACUUCAGUUGCUCGAUACAUUAUCCAAGGAACUCAUCUCUCACGAGGAAUACGAAGUUGUGAGCAUGGACGCAACUCUGCGAUGCUGCUUGCCCAUUAUGGGGCAGGCUCAUCCACGAGCAUCGCGUGAAGUCAAAGCGCAGGCUGUCUUCAAGGGCGAAGCCGCGUUGACGCGAGCCUCUUGA